AACUAAACAAAUAUCUUCACUUGUAGCAUUAAAUGGAUUACAUUCAGAACAUUGUAUAUUUGUCAAGAUAAGUAUUUCAACUUCAACAUCUGAUUAUAUAGAUGAUGAUGAUAUAUAUUCUGUAGAUAUAUUUGAUGAACUACCUAGACCUGAUGAAUC